UUUAUUACUGGUCAUUACAGCACAAGUUUGUAUUUAUUUUCCACUAAGGCAUAGGAUUUCAAAUCAGUUGCCCACUUGUGGGAAAUUGUCUAAAAAGCAAGUAAUAGGUCCUUUCUGGACAAUCUUUUUUUUCCUAUUUGUCAAUGCUACUAUUGCAUGGCAAAGAAUAAUGCUUGCAAGAGAAAUGUACCAAGCUACUCAGCCAACAGCUAAUGCACGUAACUGGCAGUGGUGCAAGUGUUCAGUUUUCUUACUGACUGACAAAUCAUUUCCGUACUUUUAAUCCAUAUUUUGAUUAUUUUAAUCCACUUUUUCUUAGGCAAACAGCUUUAUAUCUGCAUAUGGUUUACACCAUGCUUUGCAAAUACUGCAAUUUUUAAAUCAUAGCAACAAUAAGAGAAAGUGCAUAUGCUCUUCACAUACAUAUAUGAACACAUACUCAAAAGCAUGCAACACAAAGUAAUCCCAGUACCUCCAUUAUCACACUCACAUUUAACUGUUGGUACUACCGGUAGAACUCAAGUACUUAAUUUUCAAAAGUAUCAACUCCAUACCAUCACUAAAGUAAUCGCAAAACCUGUACCUGCAGCAAAAACUGUAUCUGUUGCAAAAAUUAAUCAAUACCAAUUACUAAUCAAACACGUCCUAUUGAAUGAGGAUCUACCAGUAACAGAUUAACCAGAUUAAUGCGCACGUAACAGUCUCAGCAUGGUACAUUGCUGCUGUUAGUUUCAAAGUUCACAUAUACACUUCUUUUUUACACCGCACAUUGGGGUUAUGAAUGAAGUCUGAACGAAAGAGGAAUUUAAGGGAAAAUAAGUGACAAGUUUGUGCAUAAAAGCAUAGACAAUGGCAGACAGCAAUGAGAUGACCAUCAACCUUAUUGUCCUUGGAAGAACUCAGACUGGCAAAAGUGCUGCUGGGAACAGCCUGCUGGGCAGCUCAGACUUUGAGAGUCAUUGGUCCCCAAGCUCUGUGACUACAUGCUGCAGCCUUGGACGCAGCUGCCGCAUUUCGGGGAUUAUGCGACGAAAUGGCUGUGAGUUAGCUCUCCGUGUUCAAGUACUUGACACCCCAAGCUACCCUCACAGUGACCUGAGAAAAGAGCACGUGAGAGACAGAGUAAGAUCAGCCCUUGCUCACCACUUCGGGAAGGAAGGCCUGCAUCUAGCUCUCUUGGUCCUGAGGGCUGACUUGCCUCUAUGUCCAGAUGAAAGAGAUCACACAGUUCAAUUCAUCCAGGAACUUCUGGGUCCCACAUGGAAGGAUUUCACUGCAGUUCUACUUACUCAUGCAGACAAGGCAGAAGAGGCUGGAUUCAGUGAGGAAGCAUAUUUGCACAGUGCCUCAAGUACACUGUUGUCACUUUUGAGCUCGGUACAGCAUAAAUAUAUUUUCCUAGACAACCAGAAGAACAUAAUUAAAGAGGAAAGAGCUAUUGUCUUGAGAAAGCUCUUGAAUUUUAUACGACAAAAUAAUUAUCGAGUGCUUCCAGUUAAGCACAGCAAGGAAUAAAACUAGCCUUUGGGUGCUCAUUUGCCUGUUUUCUAUGGUAGGUAAAAUUUAGUAGAAAAAAGAGUAGAAGCCAUCAACUGGAGAAUUCCACGUCAUAGAAUCAUAGAAUCACUAGACUGGAUCAUCGAGUGCAACUAUUCCUAUCAAUCCCUAAACCAUGCCCCUCAGCACCUCAUCCACCCAUCCCUUAAACACCUCCAGGGAAGGUGACUCAAACACCUCCCUGGGCAGCCUGUUCCAGUGCCCAAGGACCCUUUUCGGGAAAAAUUUUUUCCUGAUGUCCAGCCUGAACCUCCCCUGGUGGAGCUUGAGGCCAUUCCCCCUUGUCCUGUCCCCUGUCACUUGGCAGAAGAGGCCAGCUCCCUCCUCUCUACAACCUCCUUUCAGGUAGUUGUAGAGAGCAAUAAGGUCUCUCCUCAGCCUCCUCCAGGCUAAACAACUCCAGCUCUCUCAGCUGCUCCUCAUAAGACUUGCUCUCCAGCCCCUUCACCAGCUUCGUUACUCUUCUCUGGACACGCUUCAGGGCCUCAACAUCCUUCUUGUGGUGAGGGGCCCAGAACUGAACACAGUACUCAAGGUGCGGUCUCACCAGUGCUGAGUACAGAGGGAGAAUAACCUCCCUGGACCUGCUGGCCAUGCCAUUUCUGAUACAAGCCAAGGUGCCACUGGCCUUCUUGGCCACUCGGGCACACUGCUGGCUCAUGUUCAGUCGGCUGUCAACCAACAUCCCCAGGUCCUUCUCCUCCAUGCAGCUCUCCAGCCACUCUUCCCCCAGUCUGUAGCACUGCACAGGGUUGUUGUGCCCCAAGUGCAGGACCCGGCAUUUGGCCUUGUUAAACCUCAUCCCAUUGGUCUCAGCCCAGCGCUCCAGCCUGUUCAGAUCCCUUUGCAGAGCCUCCCUACCCUCCAGCAGAUCCACGCUUCCACCCAACUUUGAGCACACAGCAGUAAAAAUUUCUUUUUGUUACCAAACUACUUGCCUUUUAUAGAUUACCUCACACUACUGCAUCCAGAAUCCUAGCUUCAACCACAAAAUCAGAACAAGCCAAUGCUCUAAAUCACACUACUACUAUACAUUGUAGUCACAACUGAGAUUUCAUGCUACACCACAUUGUAUAUUGCAGUUCAUACAGAACACAAAUCUGGAAAGAAAAAAAAAAGUAAAAAGCAAAAACUGCAGAUGAGUUUAGACUGUAAGGGAGUCCCUUUGCUCAGUUUUUCAAGCUUCCAGAAGUUCCUCUGAAUUCCCAAAUUUGUAGAGAGAUUUCCAGUGUAAUACUGGUUCAUACUGCAAAGCUAAGACCUAUCUACUGUAAAAAUAUUCCCUUCUCAUGAUUCAAUAUUAGUUAGAAUUGAGAUUUUGAACCUUCAAGAAAUUUGUUUAGUAAAGACAUCACUGGAUAUGCAGUUUACAAGACAGGCAAAGUAGCUCCCAUGUGCUUAACAGUAUUUAGCACCUUUAAAAGAACUAAUUACUAUUGCUUAUUCCUAGAUGCAUGAAAAAUCAACAUGGCUUACAGGCACAUACAAAACUCAUUCCAAAAAGAAAUCUGUUAAUCUCUCCUUUUCCAUUUGUUCUUUUUAAUUUUUUAUCAUUGUCAUUCUGCUCUCUCCCCCAGUUUAAUGGAUGAAGUUCAAAGCCUGCAAAAUUCAGAGUGGCUAAGAUUUUUUUUUUUUUUUAUUUCAAGUGCUUACUUUUUCAGUGGUUAGACUGUAGCCAGUUAAUUAAAUAUUAUAUGCCAAAAUAUUCGAAGUAUCCCUAAGUAGUUACUUAAAAGAUUUAUUGUAAAUUGAUGUAAACCAAUUAGUUAUUCUCAGAUCAUUACAAGGCAAUAUUUAGAAGUAAUUUGAGGCUAUUACCAUAGCAGCCAUGACUUGUACUACAUUAUUACGGAAUAAUUCUGAUUCUAAAAACUGAAGAAGCUAAUUCUUUUAAAAACCAAAGCAUCUUUUAUAUAAAUGAUGAUUGCAUAAAAAUACAUCAAAACAAAACAGAAGAUUAAUUUUAUACCUGUUUGGGUAUUGGAAACAGAUCUUUGUACUUGACUAGUACUUGACUAUCUCUGGCAAUGUAUUUGCUAUUAAUUCUUUCUCAGUACUAUCUAUCAUUUGAAAAGAAUGGAUUAGAUAAAGUACUAUUUAAGCAAAGUGGUAGUUUUGAUCUUAUUGACAUUGUAACAGCUUAACUGAGGGACAUUAAAGUAUGUCCAUUUGUAUACCUUAGGGCAUAGCGAGCCGCAGCUUAAUCUUCCCAUUACAGCAGCCUGCAGACUAAUGAGACAACACAGCCAGGAACAGUUGCAGAGACUUAUAACAUAUCUGAUAACUGCUUGAAAGAAGCAGAAAAACUUUUAAAAGGUGACUAGCAGAAUAAAGAUGAUUGUGGUCUUCAUUGACAAAAUGCUAGUCCUGCUUGAAAAGCAGUUAGCACACAAGGAACAUGGCAGAAGUAGAUAGAUCCUUAUUGAUAUAGAUCUAUCUAUAUAUCUAUUGAUACAGAUCCUCCAAGAUAACUUUUAGCUGUUGAGAAAAUAUGCUUGCUUGCCAACCACGAACAAGCUUUGGCAAUUAAGCCUUGAG